AGUAUUCUUUACGUACAUUGUGUCUGUUUAGCAUCGUUUUCGUGACCAAACAACUGUAUAAUGGUAAAAUUCUGAUGUCAGUUAUAUAGUUGUAUCUUAAACAAAACUUUAGUAAUUAUGUACCAGAUUUAUUCAAUAAUUCCAAAUAUGAUGUCAGCUGUGUGGAUAUUAAGGAUGCGACAAUCGCCACUUUUAGUGUGUAAUAGACAAGGAGGAAAUGCGAAAAUGCAAUGGACAACACCAAAAUUUGAACUGGGAUCCCUAAAUCCCCAGUCAAAUGCUGUACCAUGAAAAGUGAGGAUAAGGAGGAGUGAUCAAUCUCAUAACUCAUAUAAGCAGUACAAAAUAGAUAAUUGGGCAAAUACGGACCAACUGAGAUAUCUGGCCAGGACUGUCAUAAGUGAAUGAAGCGCAUGAUUUUGUCUUUUGGAAACAUGCCAUUUAUUCAUCAUCUAAAUAGCUGAAUGUAAAAAGGAAUCCGAAAUAUCACUCCAAGUCGUAGAAACCUUUCACCCUGUGCUUAUAAAUGCCGUGGAUUUGAAUUGUAGACACUUCUUGAAGUUUUAUCCAUUAACUGGAAUUUUCCGGAACUGGCCGUCAUAAAUUGGAGGAUAUACGUGCAUGCGCACUAAUAUCAUAAAAAGAAAAAUCAUAAAGGCACGCUGUAUAGGAUGAAUCUUUACAUCUUGGUUUUUGUCAUCGGAAGUAGCUGUUUUAUUGUGACUGCUUAUCCCAUACCACUCAAUCACUCCACAUCAACACCUCUCGCGGAUAAGAACGAGACUACUACACAAACGUCAGAGGAGGCAUGUCUGCUGAGUAGAUUGUUAACAAUUAUCGGCGUAAAAUGCAGAAACGGAACGAAAGUAAUGGGACAGUCAAAGCAACAACAGAAAUGGAACAGCCAAAGCAACGACAGAAAUGGAACAGCCAAAGCAACGACAGAAAUGAAAAGAGAAGACAACACUUCUAAAAACGCAGCCAUGGGGAGUGCCAAUGUCACACAUCUCUCUGAUGUCUACUAUAAUCCCGUCACUUCUAUUGUCUUACUUCUAUCGUUAAUUGGCAUAGCAAUGAUCAUUUCAAUAGUGUUAUAUUACUUCAAAGCCUGUAACAGUCAUCCUCCACUCACUGCUGAAUCAUCAAGUGGUUUCAUCACGUGCCUGAAAUAGAACUGCUGACUAGUGUAUUGUCACUGUUUCAAAGAAAUUAACAUUUCUAUUUUGACAAUUAACAACCUAUAGUAUCAUUAAAUCAGCCAUUGUUUGUGCAAUCAAAUGCUGCCAAGUUGCGUAAAUCAGGAACAUCUUCUUAUAAGUGUCUGAAUAUAAUAUAAGCAUAGAGUUAAUACCUACACAGUUUUUGUCAAUGUAGAUGCCAAGCUAGUAACUUAAAUGUUUGAUUAGAUUUUGGAAGUUAUCCUCAAUUAUACCAUGUCGCAUGUGUGUAUAUGUAAUAUUUGUUUGUUUUGAGAAUAAGAUAAAUUGUUUUAGUCAUACAUUGAACACAAAUUUUGAUUGAAAAAGCAUUUGAUGAAUUAUUGCAUUUGAUAAUUAAUUUUUCUUUAUAUAUUGUGCUUGAAAAGUUUAAGAAUCGGUUCCAAUGGAAAUUUGUUUGUCAUGUAUGCAUCUAUUAAAUGCUUCCUUCACUG